CACUGACUCUUCUUAUGCAACACUUCUUUGCGGAUAAACCAACUUUUUGUAUCAAAGGGCGCAAGACAUGAUAUUUAUAUUCCAGCCUCAGAACCAACAAUCUCCUCCCCGAAUCUUCCGAGAAUCCGCCGUAUUGUCGUCGAAGCACACCAUUUUCCGAAGCAAACUUGUUGAGCUGCAGGUUGGAGAGGCCUAGAAGCCGAGUUCUCCCUAGCAUUUUAGGACGUCAGAGCAACUUCCGAUCGCCCUGUCCCUCAGAUAAAUUAUUUCGUCGUGCCACCCUCCCUUCUCUCCUGCGACAUAUCUGAACAUGGCGAAGGACGAGAUCCACGAGCAUGUGCCUCAUAUCACCAAGCACAAAGAACAAAAUCCCAUGACAAAUUGGGUUUACGAUGUAUUCCUGUGGACUUUUUCUAUACUGGUGGAUCUUUUCUUCCGAGAAGUACACCCUCGCGGAUCAUGGAAGGUUCCUAGAAGAGGUCCCUUGAUCUUUGUGGCUGCACCUCAUGCCAACCAGUUCGUCGAUCCCCUCAUCUUAAUGCGAACACUCCGUACCGAAUGCCACCGACGAGCUGCUUUCCUCAUUGCCGCGAAAUCGAUGAACAGAUGGUUGAUAGGAUGGUUCGCACGGAAAGUGGGUGCUGUGCCUGUUGGAAGAGCUCUUGACAUGGUGAAGCCAGGAUCUGGUACCGUUUAUCUGCCAGACCCAAUUUCUGAUCCUCUUCUCGUCCGUGGAAUAGGCACCAAGUUCGAUUCGUCCGAAGUACAAAUCGGAGGACUGCUUGUGUUACCCAGCGUCAACGGAACCGCUGCGAACUCUGAGAUUGCAGAAGUCAUUAGUGCCGAAGAGCUGAGGCUGAAGAAACCAUUCAAAGGCGCAGCUGCCAUGAGACAAUUGACUGGAAGAAAUGAUGUCGACGACAACGGCAGACUUAUGGACCAAAAUGUCAAAAGAACACAAGAUGGAUUUGAAGGUUCCAAAUACAAGCUCGCUCCAAAGGUCGAUCAAACACAAGUGUAUGACGCUGUAUUUGAUCGUCUCAGCGCUGGAGGAGCAGUUGGUAUCUUUCCUGAAGGUGGUAGUCACGAUCGAACAGAGCUAUUACCUCUGAAGGCCGGCGUAGCUAUCAUGGCUCUCGGUGCACUGGCAGCGAAUCCAGAUAGCGGAUUGAAGAUUGUGCCUUGCGGAAUGAACUAUUUCCACGCCCAUAAGUUUCGCUCCCGAGCUGUCGUGGAAUUUGGAAACCCAGUUGAGGUGCCAAAAGAGCUUGUUGAGCUUUACAAGGGUGGGGAACGAAGAGAGGCUGUGAGCCAAUUACUUGACACUGUCUACCAAGCCCUUGUUGCCGUCACGGUCACCAGUCCUGAUUACGAUACUCUCAUGCUCAUUCAAGCUGCUCGAAGACUUUACAACCCUACAGGCAAGAAGCUACCUCUGCCUAUGGUUGUUGAAUUGAACCGAAGGCUUGUCAAAGGAUACACACAUUACAAAGAUGAUCCUAGAAUUGUGUCGCUAAAGAAAUCGGUAACGGAUUACAACAAAGAACUGCGGUACAUGAACAUUCGGGACCACCAAGUCGAGUACGCGAAGUUUUCCAUCCCGAAAGUCAUCUUUCUUCUCUUCUAUCGUCUGGGGAAGAUAUCCCUUCUUUCAGUUGGUGUGAUUCCUGGCCUCGUUCUCUUCGCGCCGGUCUUCGUCGCCUCAAAAAUCAUCAGCAUCAAGAAAUCCCGCGAAGCACUCGCUGCGUCUACUGUCAAGCUCCAAGGUCGUGAUGUUAUGGCCACUUGGAAGCUGCUUGUGGCUCUUGCAUUCGCGCCUAUUCUCUACAACUUCUACACCAUCCUGCUCACCUACUGGACAUAUCGCAACCGAGUUCAAGGCUAUGUACCCGAUUGGGUGCCUCUCUGGGCUGUGGUGAUCUUUGGCUAUAUUUUCUUCCCUGCAAUCACGUUCGCAGCGCUUCGCUUCGGUGAAGUCGGUAUGGAUAUUGUCAAGUCGUUACGACCCCUCGUCUUGUCUUUAAAUCCUCAGUCAAGCAACACCAUUCAUAAACUUCGGGAACGGAGAAAGCUUCUGAGUGCUGAAGUGACCGACGUUAUCAACACCUUAGGCCCAGAAAUGUUUCCGGACUUCGAUGCUGCGAGAAUCGUGGCCGAUCCUUUCCGUGGCGACGAUUCAGGCAGCCCUAUCUCACCCACAACCAGAGGCUUCCAUCGCAGAGACAGCAGCCAUUCUGGAAUCUCCGAUGUAGAGACUCCGCCGCGAUUUCAAAGAAGUGUCACAGAUGCGUCUAUUGGCGGAGGCUCCAGUAUGCAUGGUGGCCUCCCUCGGAACGAGUCAUUUAAGAAUCUGGGAAACAUCGCCUUGUUUGCAACGCGACCAUCUUCUAGAAGUCGAAGUCGCAGCAGUAGUAGCGGUGGUGCUGUUGGCUCCUCGGGCUUUCCAUUGAAGAGCUUUAGCACUCUAGACUCUAAGGAUGGUUUUGAAGAGGUUAGCAUGAAGAUAAGAGGGGCAAUGAGAGAGAGGGGCCAAAUGAGAAGGAGGAAGAGUGAAGAAGCAAGGGAAGAAGAGGAUGAUGAAGAUAGUGAGGAUGAGGAGCGCAAAGACGUCUAGAUAUAAAGAUUCGCAAGGAGAGCACACUGAUUUCAGCGCCGGCGUUUGGGACAAUACCAAUACCAUUUGUUUCUUCCUGUCGCUAUGCUCUAUCAAUGGCUCCCGCUGUUCCUGAGAGUAUGUUGUGAUUACAGUGUACCUCCUAAUCUUAUGUUCAUUUCUUGUCCUUCGGGAUUUCUUACCGUAGCUUGAAGAGAAGAGAUAUUAUGCCGCUUCAAAUGCAUAAUUUCUCUCUGAUUCAAAGUAUCCUGUUGCUGAAGGACUUCAAACAAAUUCUGUCUGUGCACACAUUCUCAUUUUCAAAUAGCACGUUUCUAUAUAUGCGGUUAAGUAAUGAAUGGUUUGGCG